UUACUUCUGUUUUUCACAUCACAAAAACUCUUCAGAGCACUCAUGACGACACCAACUUCGAUUCACAAACGUUCGAGAAGUGAUCCGGUCCUCAAAAAACCUCUCAAGAACAACAAAUCAAGUGAAGCCAUUCACAACAUCGAUAGAUUUCAUAUGGAUCAAACGUUACAGAGAGAGAUAGAGCAGCUCAAAUCUCUUGUAAAAUUCAGAGCACUACACCCCCAGAGAGUGUCAUGUGAUGAGAUUGAUUUUCUGCUUCAAGAAGAUGAGGUUUUAGUACGGCGUGAACUGGAGACAGUCCUUAGACGAAAACUGUUCUUGGAAGAUUGUAGAAACGAAGAUCCUUCUAUUCCCAAGGAAGCAAAGAAACUGGUUGGCGAAAUUGCAGCAUUGGAGCUGCAAGUGAUGUACUUAGAAAGAUAUCUUCUUUUGUUAUACCGAAGAUUCUUCAACAACAGAAUUACAAGCAACUUAGAACCAGAGGAGAAAGAGAUAUCAGAGGAUCUUCUUGUGUCUACUAAUCUCAUUAAUUCACCAAAAACCGCGAGCCCGCAGAAAGUUCUAGAAGAUUCAGGAAUAUUCCGUAGCCACUCAUCGUUGUCUCAUUGUUCAGGCUAUUCCUUUAGAAUGUCUCCCCAAGCAAUGGACUCAUCAUACCAUCACUCUCUUCCUUUCUCAAUGCUUGAGAAAGCUGAUAUUGAUGCGAUGGUUGGAACAUAUGUUUCUGAAAAUGUUACCAAAUCACCAAACAGUUUGUCUGAAGAGAUGAUCAAGUGUAUCUCAGACGUAUUUCGUCAACUUGCGGAUCAAGAAUCGAGUAGCCCUAAUGGGAAGCUCAAGGUCACUAGCAGACCUUAUGACAAGUUACUAAUGGUGAAAACUAUAUGUAGAGACUCAGAGAAGUUAAAUAAAGUUGAACCUACUUUACAGCAUUUCAGGUCGCUUGUUAAUAAGUUAGAAGGAGUGAAUCCAAGAAAGUUGAAUCAUGAAGAGAAGCUAGCUUUUUGGAUUAACAUACACAACUCUUUGGUUAUGCAUUCAAUUCUUGUCUAUGGGAACCCUAAAAACAGUAUGAAAAGGGUAUCUGGGUUGCUGAAGGCAGCGUAUAACGUUGGAGGACGAAGCUUGAACUUAGAUACAAUACAGACUUCGAUUCUUCGUUGCCGUGUCUCUCGUCCAGGACAGGUAUUUAGGUUCUUGUUUGCUUCUAAACCAAAGGGAAAAUCUGGAGACUUGGGUAAAGAUUAUGCUAUAACUCACCCUGAGCCUCUUCUUCAUUUCGCGCUUUGCUCUGGGAACUUCUCAGAUCCAUCAGUUCGUAUUUAUACGCCGAAGAACGUGAUGAUGGAGCUAGAAUGUGGUAAAGAAGAGUAUGUAAGAUCAAACAUAGGAAUCUCCAAAGACAACAAGAUUCUUCUGCCGAAGUUGGUUGAGUUAUAUGCCAAGGACACUGAACUUUGCCAUGUUGGCAUCCACGACAUGGUCAUGAACCAUCUGCCUUGUGACGCAAGAAAUAAAAUCCAGCAGUGUGUGAACAAGAAGCAUGGAAGAUUCACCAUCGAUUGGGUCGCAUUUGAUUUCAGAUUCAGUUAUGGUUUCGCAUGAAGAUUGUGUUAGACCAUCUCCAAUGGUGCUCUAUAAUUUUCUCUAUAUUUCACUCCAAAAUAGUGAAACUUUAUAAUAGAGUUGGAUUUGCU